AUGGCAGCCAAAAGUAGCAGCGUCGAAUACGUACCUCUACAGCCCAAAGAACAACACGUCGAGGUGGUGUUCGAUUCCACCCAAGAGCAAGGCCUAGAUGCUCAGACGCGCUACUCGCGCCCGAAUGCUCCACCAGACUCGUCGACAAAGCGGCACUUGCGUCGCCUGGGUUGGCAGCGAGUAGCCUUGAUACUCGCGCUGCUGCUGGGUGGUUGCGCUCUGGUGGUGCAUUGGCUCCUGCCCACAAGACCCAUCGCCUCGAGCUCAAAGUACGCCUUUGUGACAUUGCUUUCGGCGAGUCCCUCGACGUUCAAGCACGAAGCCAACAAUGCGACAGCCAUCUACGAUGAUACGUACUUCAUCGCCACGCGUAUGCUGGGCUAUCAGCUGAUGCACGAUCCGCAGACCAAGACGCAUUUGGGAGCUCCCUUCAUCGUCAUGACCACACCACAGGUCCAUCCAGCCAAGAUCGAACGGCUCAAAAAGGACGGGGCGAUCGUCUGGCCCAUCACCGAGCCACUCAGGCCACCUCUCUACUCGAGCAAUCAGAAUCGCUACCCAGACGUGUUCAGCAAGCUGCUUCUCUGGAAGUGGACGCAGUUUGAGCGCAUCCUCUUCCUCGACAACGACCAUGUGCUCAAUCAUCGAAUGGACACCAUCUUUCAAGAGCCGCAGGUGGCCCAGCUGCGCCACAACCGGGGCAACCAGUCGGCCGUCUUGGCAGAUGAGGGUGCGCAACCGUCCGACUAUGUCUUUGCUCCCAUCCCCGAGUCUGGACACGUGCACAGCGGUGUCAACGCCGGCUUCUUCGUCUUGAAACCGGACAUGGCCAUGUGGAACUACUUCCAAUCGGUGCUCGCCGUACCAGGCAAGUUCGAUCCGGUCUACCCCGAGCAGAACUUCCAGCAGUAUGUGUUCCGACAAGACGGCAACAUGCCCUUCCACUUCCUCGACCGACGCUGGUCCCACUUCCGCCCGCAACGUCGACGAGUUGAAGGUGGCCAUGUCUUUGCAUUGCAAGUGGUGGGCAGUCAAGGGAUCUUUCUUCAACGGGAAUCCUGUUCGAGGCAUCCAACACUGGACGCGUUCCUGGCGGUGGAAGAUGCAAGGCUACUACGAGGGCAUGGACGCCGUCGCCGCUAG